AUGCCAUACUGGUUGGGAGGUGGCGAGUAUCCCGAGCGAGUAGGGGAGCCUCCAUGCCAGUAUUACUUAAGAACCGGGACCUGCAAAUUUGGUCCUUCAUGCAAGUUCAACCAUCCGAAAAAUGCCGGAGGCUCGUUAGCUAGUGCACCUCUAAAUAUUUACGGAUACCCAUUACGGCCGGGUGAAAAAGAGUGCUCCUACUAUUUGAAAACGGGGCAAUGCAAAUUCGGGUUGACCUGUAAAUUUGACCAUCCUCAACCGGACGGCACAUCAUCCGUGUCGGCAUCUGCACGUCCAUUUUAUCCGACUGUGCAGCCUCUUUCUUCUCCUUCUCCAUCUCCCGAGCAGUAUGAAGGGGGUUCGACUGGGUAUAGUGUGGUGAGGCCGCCUUUGGUGCCUGGAUCAUACGUGGCCGGUGCGUAUGGUCCCAUGCUGCUCCCUGGGGUUGUUCCCUUUCCCAACUGGGGUCCUUACUCGGGACCAGUGAGCCCAGCACCAUCACCCGGUGCUCAACCCUCAGCUGGAGCAACUUCAGUGUAUGGUCUGUCACAGAUAGGUUCAUCUGCACCUGCAUACACUGGAACAUAUCCCCAGGUGGCCUCCUCGGAUGGCCCUUCGGGGAGUCUGACAAAGGAACAGAAGUUUCCAGAAAGGCCUGGCCAGCCUGAUUGUAAGUAUUACAUGAAAACUGGAGACUGUAAAUAUGGGCCGUCUUGUAGGUACAACCACCCACCGGAUUGGGCCUUGUCGAGGUUGAAUUUUGCUCUUAGUCCAGUGGGCUUACCUCUUCGUCCGGGCGAGCAGGCUUGCUCGUUUUAUCUGCAAAAAGGUUACUGCAAGUUUGGACGUGCGUGCAAAUUCGAUCACCCGAUGCCAACUGCAAGUUACAAUCCAACAUCUUCUUAUACUGAAAUGCCGGGAUAAUUGCAUUGCAAGGCCCUAACAUGGAUCCGGGCUCAACCGGGUCAGACUAUCCGAAGAUCCGUUUGAUGGUUAAACGACAAACCGGGUCUUCAAGUCGAAGCUCAACGAAAUAAAAAGAUAAGGAAAGCUGAUCUUCCAUACUCUGAUGUAUAUAUGGUCACUUCUUUAUUUCUUGAGGCCUGCAGUAAAACCUCAUUCAGCAUAAACAUUUUUAUGGUUGGUUAGAUUUUUAAUGAAAGGUAUGUAACUCAAAAUGUGAACUUAUUUAAGUGUGCGAAUUAGCCGAGAUUCGUUGCAAGGGUAUGGCUAAAAUGCACAACCAUGCCUCACUUAUGAAUCCUUGUUACUUAAUACAUUUGCGUCGUAUUUAUUCGGGAAAAAUCGACCCUAUGACAGUACGGAGUUUGUUAUAGUUGGUUUCUUAUAAUUGGAUCAAACCCACAACCAUGUUGAGGUGUAAACGAG